GUCCCAUCGACGUCCGGGCCAACGGCGGAUAUUACCUGCUGGGCCUCUUCAAAUAAUACCCUGCUUUGCCGGGGAAAUGUAGUCAGUAAGCCGGUGGCUUUCUGGAACUGGCGGCGAAUGCACGAGAAAGUCAAUUCCUUUUGAGGCGACUCGAAUCGCCACUGUAGGUUGCCAUCCAUGCCAAUUGGCGCCUGCUCUUUGAGGACCAGGAAGGCUGGGCAUCCCGAGAAGGCCGCCGAUUGGGUGGGCUGACGCAACCUUAGCCGAGAAAAUUGCGACUUUUGGAAUCGCUUGAAGGCAACGGAGUACAGAUGGAUGGGUGUCGACG